AUGUCAAAGUGUAGACUCCACGUUAAUGCUGUUUUCAUGGGAUUUCAACGUGCCCAAAGAAAUCAAUACCCAAAUGUUGCUCUUCUUCAAAUUAGUGGAGUAAAUACAAAAGAAGAUACUCCAUUCUAUAUUGGAAAACGUGUUGCUUAUGUUUACAAAGUUAAUGUAAAGAAAGGAAGUAAUAAACCAGCUAUUCGUGCUAUCUUUGGUAAAAUUGUUGCACCACAUGGAAAUCAUGGAGUUGUUAAAGCUAGAUUCUUACAUAACCUUCCACCAAAAGCAAUGGGACAAAACCUUAAAGUUUUCCUUUAUCCAUCUAACAUCUAAUUGUGGUGAUUAUUUGAUGUUGU